AGUAUGUGCUGUGAGGGAAAACAGAAGAACGAAGGAUAAUUGGGUAAAUUUUUUGGAUUUCAAUAGUUAAAUUGAGUUCUAAUGAAAUCAGGCAACAUUAUAAAAGAACGUAACACACGUGGUGCAUUGAUAUGGAUGUAGCUGUGAUGUCAGGUGCAGGAAGCGUUCUAACCUUGAAGCUACACAAAGGUUGCUGAAGGAAAUAGGUUAAAUUUGGUUU